ACAACAAACCAAGAUCUUCCUUACAACUUUUCAAAGUCCUCUAAAUCCAAGUCUUUUGUAAACAAAGCCCUUCAUUUCCUUCUUCCUCUUCCUUCGGAAACCCACUUUCUUACUUUCCAAUAACCAAACGCCACUCAUUGAAACCAUGGCUCCUGAUAUUACCAACGCUGCAUCAAACGUCACCGACGCUCAAGCUAAGGUCACCGGCGGUCAUGGCCGUGCUUACGUGACCUUCCUGGCUGGGAACGGUGACUAUGUUAAAGGUGUUGUUGGGUUGGCCAAAGGUCUGAGAAAGGUGAAGAGCAUGUACCCUCUGGUGGUUGCAGUGCUACCUGAUGUUCCCCAAGAACACCGCAAGAUUCUCACCUCUCAAGGUUGCAUUGUUAGAGAGAUUGAGCCCGUCUACCCCCCUAAGAACCAGACCCAGUUUGCCAUGGCUUAUUAUGUCAUCAACUAUUCCAAGCUACGUAUUUGGGAGUUUGUGGAGUACAGCAAGAUGAUAUAUCUAGACGGUGAUAUCCAAGUUUAUGACAACAUUGACCACUUGUUCGACUUGCCAAACAAUUAUUUCUAUGCUGUGAUGGACUGUUUCUGCGAGCCAACUUGGGGCCACACCCCUCAGUACCAGAUCGGUUACUGUCAGCAGUGCCCUGAUAAGGUUGAGUGGCCCUCUGAUUUUGGGCCCAAGCCUCCUCUCUAUUUCAACGCUGGAAUGUUUGUUUAUGAGCCUAACCUCGCUACCUACCGUGACCUCCUUGCAACAGUCCAAGUCACCAAGCCCACUUCCUUUGCUGAGCAGGAUUUUUUGAACAUGUACUUCAAGGACAAGUAUAGGCCCAUUCCUAACAUAUACAAUCUUGUGCUGGCCAUGCUGUGGCGUCACCCUGAGAAUGUUGAGCUUGAGAAAGUCAAAGUGGUUCAUUACUGUGCUGCUGGAUCAAAGCCUUGGAGGUACACUGGGAAGGAGGAGAACAUGGAGAGAGAAGAUAUAAAGAUGUUAGUAAAGAAGUGGUGGGACAUAUAUGAAGACGAGACCUUGGAUUACAACAAUCCCGUCAAUGUGGAUAAGUUCACGGCGGCGCUUUUGGAAGCUGGUGGAGUCAAGUUUGUUCCCGCUCCAUCCGCUGCUUAGUGUGCUUCGCUUAUCUUUGGAAAUCAAGUGUGACCCGAGUACAUAGGAUAGGAAAUGGAGUCAUACAACGUUAAGUUUUACGUAUUUUUUUAUUAAUGUUGUCAAGUCUCGAGGACCCUUUUUAUGUGUCCUUUUUUUUUUCUUUUCUUUUUCCAGUUAUGCCAUUGUAGAGAUAUGAUUACCAUAUCCUUAAUUUUAUAAAUGGAUAUGUUUUUGUU